CGAGAUCCAAACCCCCCAACUGAAACGAAAGGGAGGUCCCAAUCACAUUAGAUACUCUCUUUCAUUCACCAUCUUCUUCUGCAUCAAAUGCACACCCGAUUUGGAUCUCCAUCUAAACCUCCCACUCUUUGAUCUGCAUUUGAACUGAUUUUUUUUGCAUAAAUUUGGAAGAAGAUGUAUAUGGCAUAUGGAUGGCCACAGGUCAUCCCUAUGGAAUCAACUGGGUUAUGCCCUUCUUCUUCUCAGCAAAUUGUAUACCUGAAGCUCAUCAAUCGCUUAUUGCUUGUCGUUUCACCUACUCAUCUUGAACUAUGGUCCUCCUCCCAGCAUAGAGUGAGAUUGGGCAAGUACAAGAGAAGCUCUGAUUCAAUUCAGAAGGAAGGGGAGAAUUUGCGCGCCGUUUGGAGUCCUGAUACCAAAUUGAUUGCCGUCCUUACCUCUUCCUUCUAUCUACACAUUCUGAAGGUCCAUUUUACAGAAAGGAAAAUACAAAUUGGAGGCAAACAACCAACUGGUUUGUUUCUAGCAAGCAUAGCUUUGCUCUUGAAUGAACAAGUGCCUUUUGCUAACAGGAACUUGACAAUGAGCAAUAUGGUUUGCGACAACAAACAUAUGAUAGUUGGGCUUUCUGAUGGAUCUCUGUAUAAUAUAUCCUGGAAGGGCGAGUUUUGUGGGGCCUUUGAUGCCUUUGAUCUUGAUGUUCAGCCUCAUGAUGGCAGUGGCAUUCCUAAACUAGCAAGUUCUUUGGAAAACGGUCUUGCUUCUGGCGGGAGUUUAUCUUUUUCUAAAUUUAGUCAUCAUUCGUUGAAUAACUCUGCCGUGGUCCACUUAGAAUUCUCCUUACCCUUGAGGUUGCUUGUUGUGCUAUUUUCUGAUGGACAACUGGUCUUGUGUUCUGUGAGCAAAAAGGGUCUGAAGCAAAUGGAGUCUAUCAAAGCUGAAAAGAGACUGGGCUCUGGUGAUGCUGUAUGUGCUGCAGUUGCUUCAGAACAACAACUCCUUGUUGUUGGUACGAGAAGAGGUGUUGUUGAGUUGUAUGACAUUGCAGAAUCUGCUUCACUUAUGCGUUCUGUUUCUCUGUAUGAUUGGGGAUAUUCAGUGGAAGAUACUGGGGCUGUCAGUUGUGUUGCAUGGACACCUGAUAAUUCUGCUUUUGCAGUUGGGUGGAAGUUAAGAGGGCUAACAGUUUGGUCUGUUUCUGGCUGUCGCUUGAUGUCCACAAUUCGUCAAAUUGGCUUAAGUUCUGCGUCUUCUCCAGUUGUCAAACGGAAUCAGGAAUGUAAAUAUGAACCUAUGAUGAGUGGUACCUCGCUGAUGAACUGGGAUGAAUAUGGAUACAAGCUUUAUGCUAUUGAAGAAGGAUCUCCAGAGAGAAUUAUUGCAUUCUCUUUUGGAAAAUGCUGUCUGAACAGAGGAGUCUCUGGGAUUACUUAUGUCCGACAAGUAAUCUAUGGUGAAGAUCGGUUGCUUGUUGUGCAGUCAGAAGAUACUGAUGAACUAAAACUCUUGCAUCUUAGCCUUCCAGUUUCCUACAUCUCUCAGAAUUGGCCAGUUCAACAUGUGGCAGCUAGUAAGGAUGGAAUGUACUUAGCAGCUGCUGGCCUUCAUGGACUGAUCUUAUAUGACAUAAGAUUGAAAAAGUGGCGAGUUUUUGGAGAUGUCACUCAGGAACAAAAGAUCCAGUGCAGAGGCUUGUUAUGGCUUGGGAAGAUUGUGGUUGUCUGCAACUACGAUGAUUCUUCUGACGGGUAUGAAUUGCUUUUCUAUCCCAGAUAUCACCUUGAUCAUAGUUCACUACUAUGUCGGAAACCUUUGCUUACCAAACCGAUCGUCAUGGAUGUUUACCAAGAUUAUCUACUUGUCACUUACCGGCCCUUUGAUGUCCAUAUUUACCAUGUGAAAUUAUCUGGUGAACUAACACCUUCGAGCUCCCCCGAUUUACAGCUUUCUACAGUACGAGAGCUAUCAAUCAUGACUGCAAAGAGCCAUCCUGCUUCAAUGCGUUUUAUUCCUGAUCAGCUCCCAAGAGAAAGCGUUGCAGGGAAUGGUGGCCUGUCAACUUCUUUGGAUCUGUCCAGAGAGCCUACCCGAUGCUUAAUACUGCGGACAAAUGGAGAGCUUUCACUUCUUGAUUUGGAUGAGGGGAGAGAAAGAGAACUCACUGACUCUGUGGAGUUGUUUUGGGUUACCUGUGGUCAGUCAGAGGAGAAAGCAAGCUUGAUUGAGGAGGUUUCAUGGUUAGACUAUGGCCACCGAGGAAUGCAGGUUUGGUAUCCAUCUCCCAGUGUUGACGCUUUUAAGCAAGAGGAUUUCUUGCAGUUGGAUCCGGAGCUGGAAUUUGAUCGUGAGGUGUAUCCUCUUGGUUUGCUGCCAAACGCUGGAGUUGUAGUUGGUGUCUCCCAGAGAAUGUCAUUUUCCGCAUGUACAGAGUUUCCAUGUUUUGAGCCUUCUCCUCAAGCUCAGACUAUUUUGCAUUGUCUACUUCGACAUCUUCUACAGGUACUUCGCAAAUUAUUUGUAUUCAAUGGUUAAAGUGAGAUAGCUGAUGGAGUAUCUAGUUAUUGAUAAAAAGGUUGGGGUUUGAAACACGGUUUUCUUUUAUAGUGGCGAUUGUUUCUAAUUUCUAAACUAAGAAAGAAAUAGAACAUAUUCUCUUUCUCCAAGGAAGCUGAUACAGACAUUUCUGUUGAAUCAUCCCUUUUGAUUUCCCAUAUGGGGAUG